AUGGAUCGCCAGCGGAAAAGGGAGCUCCGCGACCUAAAUGAGCGAGCCUGGGCAGGCGAAUCCGACGUAUUCACCACGAGCAAAUCCCUCGACUCAGCGCUGAAAAAGAACACCGCCUUCAUUAAACGUCUUCGGACCGGAAUCAGUGCCUCCGCCCUUUCCACUUUCCUCGCUGACAUCCGCACCCUUUCGCUCCACAAGUACCUUUCUGAGAUCAUCUCCGCCUGCUAUGAAGGUCUGUGCAAGCUCAAAUCUCCCGGAGAAAUCGCCGCAGGGGUUGAAGUUGUCAGCGCGCUGCAUCAGCGUUUCGGACCAUGGGAGUUUACGCGACAGAUUGGUUGGCUGCUCGGCCGGGGUCUGAGCACACCGGAUAAAGCACAGUUGAAGGCUUUGACCCAGGAAAUCCGCGAACGGGAAGAGAAGGACCGAUUGUCUCGUCAUCGCGUUCUUCUCAGAGUUAUUACGGAGCUUUGGCUGGUUAAUGUUCUCAAGACCCUGGAUGACGUCGAGCGGCCUGAGGAUCUGGGCGCCAAGGGCAAGGAUGGCGUCGUUGGGAUCGGUGGGAAGCCCUCGGACACGCCGCUCAAGGCGAAAUCGCCGGCUGCUGGAACGAAGGACCAGGACAAGCAGGCUGAGCCGUUCCCGUUGGAGGUUCUGAAGGAAUUGCUCGGACAUGACCGCGACCAUACAAAUUUGCCGCUUGCUGUGCUAUUCGUGAAGAGUUUCAGCUGGGAUAUUGUCGGCUCGAAGCUCGCAGAAGAUGGCAGGAAGACUGUCGAGGCGGAUGGUGCUACAACUUCCAGCGCCGAUGCCCAGACCGAGAGCAACGGCGAACCAAAUACCGAAGCUGAUCUACCUCUGAUCCCCGAGAAGACCCAGCAGCGAUUCAGAAACAUUUUGAAUCGGUAUCUUGAUGAUGUGAAGGCGCAUGUGGUUCGGGACCAGAGGGCACUGGCAGCGCAGAACCGCCGCAAUGCUGAAGCAUACGUGAAGAGCGGCGAGAUCUUUGAGGACCGUCAAGCGAACUUUGAAAAGCAGACCAAGUCCUUGGAGAAGCUCGUGGCCAAUACUCAGGUGCUAUGUGAGGCCCUGGGGACCGAGAUGCCCGAGCUUGCUGAGAAAGAGGCCACCGAUGCUUCGGCUAAUGGUGGGAUCGGCCUUGUGAAGACCGCUGAUUACCUGCGCGGUCAGGGUGAAGGAGCCGGAAUCUGGGAAGACGAAGAAGAGAGACGCUUUUACGAAAAUCUAGUCGACUUGAAGGGGAAGGUGCCGGCGGUGUUGUUGGAAGAUGGCAAGAAAAAGAAGAGUGAUGCAGAAGAGGCUGGAAAGAAGUCUGACGGCGAUACUAAUGACUCGAUAGAGCCUUCGAAUGAGAAGUCCGCCGCGGAGGCGGAUGAUCAAUCGACUGCAAUCGCGAGUAAGACCGUGGGCGCCCAGGUGGAUUCUCUUUUGGCCAAGCUUUCGGAGCUGCAGACAAAGGACCAAGUCGAUCAAUUCGCUCUGGACUUUUGCUGGGUCAACUCGAAGGCAUCACGGAACAGACUUGUCAAAGCUGUGUCGGAUAUCCCCAAGGGCCGCAUUGAUCUUUUGCCGCUAUAUUCUCGCCUGGUUGCAACACUUGGACAGUACCUUCCAGAUAUCCCGCAAGGAAUUACCACCUAUCUUGAUGAGGAGUUCAGAAGUCUGCAGCGGCGCAAAGCAAAGGAGUUCCUCGGCCAAGUACGCAUGGGCAAUGUGCGCUAUUUAGCCGAACUGACAAAAUUCGGCGUGGUUCCAGAGCAUAUCAUCUUCCAUUGUUUCAAGGUUUCGCUUGACGACUUCUCACGCAUGAACAUUGAGAUCAUCGGAAAUCUGCUCGAGAACUGCGGCCGUUACUUGCUGCGCAACCCGGAGACAGCGCCCCGAAUGGCAUCUUUCCUUGAGACUCUGAGCCGCAAGAAGGCCGUGCAACAUCUGGCUCAACAGGAGCGUAUGGUCAUCGAGAAUGCCAUCUACUAUGUAGACCCGCCACCACGCCCUGCCAUCCAGCAGAAGGAACGUACCCCCAUGGAGCAGUACAUCCGCCGCUUGAUCUACCUGGAUAUGAACAAGCGCAAUUACACCAAAAUUCUGAAGUCCAUUCGCAAACUUCACUGGGAGGAGCAGGAGGUUGUCGAAAUCCUGGAACGCGUGUUCAGCAAACCAGUCAAGGUCAAAUAUGGCAGUAUCCAUCUUUUGGCAAUUCUCGCCAGUGCCUUGUACCGGUACCACCAGGAUUUCGUGAUCGGAAUCAUUGACAACAUUCUGGAGCAGAUCACACUUGGCCUCGAGCAGAACGACUUCAAGUUUAAUCAGAAGCGCAUUGCGGAAGUCAAAUACCUGGGUGAGCUUUACAACUACAAGAUGAUUGAUUCCCCUGUCAUUUUUGACACGCUGUACCGCAUUAUCACCUUUGGUCAUGAAGGCGGUACCCCGGCUCCUGGAAGAAUUACCAUGCUCGACUUGCCAGACGACUAUUUCCGUCUGCGUUUGGCAUGUACACUUCUCGAUACGUGUGGCCACUGCUUUGAUCGUGGCUCAGCUAAGAAGAAACUGGAUUUCUUCCUUUCGUUCUUCCAGUACUACCUGUUCACCAAGGACCCACUGCCCAUGGAUGUGGACUUCCUUGUUCAGGAUACAUUCUCUUCUAUCCGCCCACAGUGGAAGCUUGCCACAGAUGCAGAAGAAGCGACUAGAAUUUUCAGCGAGGCUGUUGCUCAGAACUACAACGUGCAGGAUUCGGAGAGACCGGUGGAAGCAGAAGUUGAGGAAGAGGAAGCGGAGAGCAGUUCGUCUGAUGAGGGGUUCGAGGAAGAUGCAAUCCCUGACAUUGAUGAAGAGCAGGAAUCUAGUGAUGAAGCAGAGGCCUCCGGACCCAACCAGGAGGCGAAUGACGAGAGCGAAAGUGAAUCCGAAGACGAGCAGAUCAUUGUCACUCGUCAAGAGGAGGAGCGGGACCCUGCCACCGAGGCUGAAUUCGAUCGGGAGUUCGAGAAGAUGAUGGCCGAGAGUAUGGAUUCCAGACGGUUCGAACGCAAGACCGUUUUCGAUAUCCCCUUGCCCAUGAAACGGCCUCCCCGCGAGAACUUGCCUAGUGAUUCGAGCCCUGAGCCUGUUCCUGCUGUCCCAGUCGCACCGAAGACAAUGGCAUUCUCGCUUAUGACGAAGAAGGGCAACAAGCAACAGACCCGAACCAUCGAUCUCCCAUCAGACUCAACAUUCGCCAUCGCCAUGCGAAGCCAACAACAAGCCGACCGCGAAGAGCAGCAACGCAUCAAGAAUCUAGUCCUGAACUACGAGGCAUCAAACGAGCCUGAGCCCGCCGAAGCAACCCAGGAAAAGCGCACGCCGACUAGCCAGCGAAUGGACAAAGCUGGCGCCAACCGCUCUGCAUUCCGUUCACGCAAACUCCAGCUCAGCGAUGUCAACUGGUAA